UGGUGAAUAAAGAAAAAAAUUCAGAUUGUCUUUACAAAAUCAGAAGAACAAAAAACAUAGAGCAUCGUUUAGAACAAUGGCAAAAGAAGUACAACUACAAAGUGGAAUUGGUAAAAGCUCUACCCGAAAGCAAAAAAUAUAAAUAUACUCAUUGUAUGGAAAGACUAAUACAUUUAGAAUUAGAAGUAUGCUGA